UUAGCUCCCACUUCGCUCUUUCCCACAGCAAUGGUGACAUUUUUUCCAAGUUAGUUGAAUAUUAAUUAUACACACAAACGGUCUAUAUAAAGAACAUCGGCUUCCACAAAUCAUAAAAAUAUCAAACACUCUUCCCAUGGCUCCAUGCUUAAAUCACUUCAACUUGUUGCAAUUGCAAACCAUCUCCUUUGUAUACAUGUUGAUCACAGUCUCAUCAUUAAGCCUUGAUGAAGAAUGCUCAACCUUGUUUCAGUUUAAGCAAAGCAUCAUUAUGCAAGAUGAUGCAGUUUGUGAUGCUCGUUGGUUGCAAAAGUUUAACUCAUGGAAGCCUACAAGCAGCUCAUCGGAUACUGGUUUCGAUUGUUGUUCAUGGGAUGGAGUGGUGUGCAGCAAGGAAGAUAAGUAUGGUCAAGUGAUUUCCCUUGACUUGAGUGAAAGCUUUCUUUGUGGGCAUAUCAACUCUAGCUCCACCCUCUUCAACCUUGUUAAUCUCCAAAGACUCAACCUAGCCAUGAACAACUUUUUUGAAUCUGAAAUCCCACCUCAGAUUGGUCGUUUGAAGCAGUUAAGAACGCUUAAUCUCUCUGAUUCUGGAUUCACUGGCGAAAUCCCGAGUGAAAUCUCGCAGUUGACACAAUUGUCUUCUUUAGAUAUGUCAGGGAAUCCAUUAAAGCUUCAAAGUCAUGGUCUCCAUCUAGUGCAAAACUUAACAAGACUUGAAGAACUCCAUCUCUCCGGGGUUGAUAUUAAUUCUUCGGUGCCUCGUUUCUUGGCAAACUUUUCUUCUUUGAGUUCCAUCAGGCUAUUUGGUUGUUCACUUCGGGAUGAAUUCCCUGUAGCCAUAUUUGAGCUACCACAGUUGAAAAUUCUUAGUUUGGGAUCCAAUACCAAUCUCAUUGGUUCCUUUCCUGAAUUUCGUAACAACAGCUUACUUAAAUAUGUAGACGUAGCUUUAACAAGUUUCUUUGGAAUCGUGCCAGAAUCCAUAAGCAACCUAAACCAUUUGCUAUAUUUGCGCCUCACUGGAUGCUCUUUCUCGGGUCCCAUUCCAGGUUCGCUUUCCAACUUGACCCGACUCACUAGCUUGCGUCUUGCUGGAAAUGAAUUCACAGGCUUUGUUCCUUCACUGGUCAACUUCCAAGAUCAUUGACAAAUUGUACCGAUUUAGAGGUUCUUUCUCUUGGAGAUAAUUCUUUUGAUGAUGUCUUUCCAAUUUGGUUGGGAACUCUUGCUAAACUACAAGUUCUAGUUUUGAGGUCUAACAAAUUAUAUGGUCCAAUUCAAGAUUCGACAAAUGUUUCUUCACAAUUCUCUAAGUUACGUAUCAUAGACCUAUCUAACAACAAUUUCAGUGGUCUAUUGCAUGAAGAAUACUUCCAAACUUGGAAUGCUAUGAAAUCGGUUUAUAAUGGCGAAUCAUCUGUUUUGGAAUCAUUGAUGUCCUUGAACUCAUUCACGUCACAAAGGCCAUACUCGAUGACAUUAAUACACAAAGGUGUCAGAACACAGUUCGAACGUAUCUUAGACAUAUUCACAGCUAUCGAUCUCUCUUCUAACAAUUUUGAAGGGGAUAUCCCAUUAUCAAUCCAAGAUCUUCGAGGGCUUGAAUCACUUAAUCUUUCCAACAAUCAUUUUCAGGGACGCGUGUUUCCAUCAUUGGGGUACCUAGAGAAUCUCGAAUCUUUAGAUCUCUCUCGAAACAAGCUAUCUGGAGAAAUUCCUCAACAAUUGGUGCAACUCGGCUUUCUUGCUAUUUUCAGUGUGUCAUUCAACAAUCUUGAUGGGCGUAUACCACAAGGGAAACAGUUUAAUACAUUUGAGAAUAGCUCUUAUGAAGGGAAUCCUCGAUUAUGUGGAGAACCUUUAUCCAAUGAUUGUCGAAAUUGGAAUGUAUCAAGAUCUGAAACAACAAGCGAUGAAUCGGAGUCCCUAUUCCCAAGUGAAGGAAUUGAUUGGGUGUUUGUAUUUUGUGGAGUUGGAAGUGGGCUAGUUAUUGGGAGCUUUCUAUCUACAAGAUAUAUUGAUCGAUUCACAAAGAGGAAGAUCGUAUAGAGAAGAAACCCAGUCAAGUUAUUUUACAAAGAUGAAAGAAGCUUUUAAAUGUAUUUUAGUCAUACUAUUCUUUUGUUUUCAAGCUACUUUUAAUUUAGAUCAAUUCCAUUUAUUUAAGGUGCAGUAUUUGGUGUUUGUGUAAUUGGAAUCAAGGUUUCAUGUUCGUGUCA